AAGAGGCUGCGGACGGGGAGCUGAGCGCAGUCCGCCCGCUCGUUCAGGCCUCCCCUCAGCCCUACGUGUGCGUAGGCGUCGUCGGGCUGCUUGGCGGCUACGCACCGGAGACGGCGUAGGGGGCUUUGGAGAAUCGGUAGGGCGGCGGCGGCGGCAGCAGCAUAGUAGUAGUAGUAGCAGCAGCCGCAGCAGCAGCACCGCCAGACGACGGACUGAGGGGGCGGGCAGUUCGUUCCGCGCCGCCGCGGCUGAGGGGGACGAACGCCAGCGAGAGCAGCAGCAGCAGCAGCGCCGCCUCGGAGAGCAACCAUGGUAGCUCAACAGAAGAACCUUGAAGGAUAUGUGGGGUUUGCAAAUCUCCCCAAUCAAGUUUAUAGAAAGUCAGUGAAGAGAGGGUUUGAAUUCACACUCAUGGUUGUAGGUGAAUCUGGAUUGGGGAAAUCAACACUAAUCAACUCGUUAUUCCUGACAGACCUGUAUUCUGCGGAGUAUCCAGGGCCUUCACAUAGAAUUAAAAAGACUGUGCAGGUUGAACAGUCUAAAGUUCUAAUUAAAGAAGGUGGUGUUCAGCUGCUACUAACAAUAGUUGACACACCCGGAUUUGGUGAUGCUGUGGAUAAUAGCAAUUGCUGGCAGCCGGUUAUCGACUACAUUGACAGCAAGUUUGAAGACUAUCUUAAUGCAGAAUCACGUGUGAACAGACGUCAGAUGCCAGACAACAGGGUGCAGUGUUGUUUAUACUUCAUUGCUCCAUCAGGACACGGACUCAAGCCUUUGGAUAUUGAGUUUAUGAAGCGCCUGCAUGAAAAAGUGAAUAUCAUUCCACUUAUUGCCAAAGCAGACACGCUUACACCUGAAGAAUGUCAACAAUUUAAAAAACAGAUAAUGAAAGAAAUUCAAGAGCACAAAAUUAAAAUAUACGAAUUCCCAGAGACAGAUGAUGAAGAAGAAAAUAAGUUGGUUAAAAAGAUAAAGGACCGUUUACCUCUUGCUGUAGUAGGUAGCAAUACUAUCAUUGAAGUCAACGGCAAGAGGGUUAGAGGAAGGCAAUAUCCUUGGGGUGUUGCAGAAGUUGAAAAUGGUGAACACUGUGACUUCACAAUUCUAAGAAAUAUGUUGAUAAGAACUCACAUGCAGGACCUGAAAGACGUCACUAAUAAUGUCCAUUACGAGAACUACAGAAGCAGAAAAUUGGCGGCUGUUACGUACAAUGGAGUUGACAACAACAAAAACAAAGGGCAGCUAACAAAAUUUGACACAGUUGAAGGCAUGAGCCCUCUGGCGCAAAUGGAAGAGGAGCGGAGAGAACAUGUGGCGAAGAUGAAGAAAAUGGAAAUGGAAAUGGAGCAAGUCUUUGAGAUGAAGGUCAAAGAAAAAGUUCAGAAACUGAAGGACUCUGAAGCAGAGCUCCAGCGGCGUCACGAGCAGAUGAAAAAGAACUUGGAGGCACAACACAAGGAAUUAGAGGAAAAACGCCGCCAGUUCGAGGACGAAAAGGCAAACUGGGAAGCUCAGCAACGUAUUUUGGAACAACAGAAUUCUUCGAGAACUUUGGAAAAGAACAAGAAGAAAGGGAAGAUAUUUUAAAUAUACUUAAGACCACCAGUUAUGUAUUAGUUGCCAAUAUUCCAGCCUGGACAUGUGUGUGUUGGAUCUGUUUGACCAAUCUUGCACCAGUUGUGUCCAUAUCUUUGGAUUUAACAGCAUGACAAAAAAAAUUUUUUUUGGUUAAUUUUGAGGGCACUUGAGAUGCCUUGAAUUAUUUAGGGUGUUGUAUACUUAGGAAAACAAACCAGCUCUAAGUUACCCCUUUAAAAGAAAAAGGAAAAAAAAAAACUUAAGUCAUUUACUGCAAAAUAACAUUUUACUGUUGUACAAUCAUGUUCUGGUGGUUUGAUUUUGUUUACAGGAUAUUCCAGUAUACGAGGACUUGGGAAAGUUUUCCAUAAGGAUACAUUGCCAUAAUAUAAUACGAACUAUGCUUCUAUUAUAAAAAUUCCAUUCAGUGCAGCAUAUAUAAUAAUGUAAUUUAGUCUAACACAGUUGACCCUAUUUUUGACACUUCCGUUGUUUGAAAAUACACAUGGAAAAAUGAAACUUAUAGGCUUAUGGGGCACCUAAAAGCUUUUUUUAAAAAAACAACUUUUUUGGAUUCUUUAAAUAUAUGCUAUUCUCAUUUAGUAACUACUCUAGCCAGAAUAAUUUCAUUACUGCUUCAUUUUUUGUAAUAACAUAUAAUUUAGAUAUUUUUCCAUAUAUUGGCCCUGCUAAAUAGAAUGUAGUUUCUUUCAUAUGGUAGGAACCAGUUGAUAAAACCUUUCCUUUAACUCCCUUUUUACAUUUUAUGGUAAGUAGCAGGAAAAUGCAUUUAUAGGUCAUUUCUAGGAAAAAAUGUGGAGUUAACUACCAACCUGUUUCUACCUGUGUGCAGUCUGUCUUCUACUAGAAAAGAGAAUCAUGGCCUCUUGAGAGAAAAGUCACAAUUUUACAUUUAGCUGUAUUCAUAUACUGCAUUUCUGUAUUUUUGUUUGUAUUGUAAAAAGUCACAUAAUAAACAAUGUUGUGAUGUAACAUA